AUGCUGAGAAGUCGUCUCCAGCAGCUCUUCGCGCCGCGCCGGUUGUAUAAACGCGUGGACGUAGAGGACACAGAGCGGGAUGGAGUCGAGGAAGACGUUACACAAGAGGAACCUAUUCCCAGCGCAUUCUCAUGGCUGGAAUACGGGAUAUUUCUAUGGAUGGGGGUAUCCAUGUUGUGGGCAUGGAACAUGUUCCUCGCAGCAGCACCGUACUUUCAACGCCGAUUUGCUUCCGAUCCUUGGAUCCGAACGAAUUUUCAAUCAUCCAUCCUCUCCGUCUCCUGCAUAACUAACCUGACAUCCGUCCUUGUUCUCGCGAAACGCCAGAAAAAUGCCUCCUAUCCUCGAAGGAUCAGGGCUUCCAUGCUUCUCAAUAUCUGUGUAUUUACGCUGCUUGCCUUAUCCACUGUUUUAUUCCGUGGGGUAGCCGUUUGGGUAUACUUCGUCUUCAUCUUGGUUAUGGUGUUUGCAGCUUCCAUGGCUACAGGCACGAAUCAGAAUGGGGUCUUCGCGUAUGUUGCUAGUUUUGGCCGGAAUGAAUAUACACAAGGCAUCAUGGUUGGCCAGGGGGUUGCGGGCGUUUUGCCGUGCAUUGUGCAGGUGAUAGCCGUUCUCGCAGUCCCAGAUGAGCCCAGCGACACCGUGGACGAGGAAAAGGUCCAAUAUCAAUCGGCGAAAUCCGCAUUUGUAUACUUUGCAACUGCAACGAUCGUCUCUUCGAUUGCUUUCGUUGCAUUUCUGCACCUCAAUGGGAAGCAUCAAUCUCGCAUUCUGAAAUCUCCAGGGCUUCCCCCAUUCGAAUCCGACGAGGAGGAAACGCCCACCAAGAGAUCAAUUCCUCUGCUGACUUUGUUCCGGAAAGUACCCUGGGCUGCCUCCGCGAUGUUCAUCACCUUCGCCGCCACCAUGGCUUUCCCGGUUUUCACCGCUGAGAUUCACAGCGUCCGAGAGGCCGAAAGUCCUCCUCCUUCCCGCAUAUUCCAAGCUGCUGCAUUUAUCCCCUUGGGCUUCCUCUUCUGGAACUCCGGGGAUCUCUUGGGCAGAAUGUCAGCUGGACUCCCCAUGCUCAACAAACUAACCCGUCGCCCGUUUCUCUUAUUCGUGAUCUCCUUAGCUCGCAUCUUGUUCGUCCCACUAUACUUAAUGUGCAAUAUCCGUGGAGAGGGCGCGAAAGUUAAGAGUGACUUCUUCUAUUUAUUUGUGGUCCAAUUGCUGUUCGGUGUCACGAAUGGAUACUUGUGCUCUUCGUCCAUGGUCAGCGCGGUAGAGUGGGUGGGCGAAAAUGAGAGAGAGGCUGCAGGAGCAUUCAUGAGUUUGAUGCUCGUCGCAGGGCUUACCACGGGUAGCUUACUGAGCUUUUUCGUUGCAAAGUUAUGA